AUGCAAAACCAGCCAGUCGACAACUCAGCGACUGGCACGAAAGUCGACCCAAACGCUAUGGAGCAAGGCAAGGAAUCAGCACCGCUCGCUCACGCCCCUGCAACCACCGGAACCCAGGUCAACAACAGCCUCCUACUCAACCCCCUAGACAGGCUUGAAUUCGGAGGAGCAUGCAAACUUCGUCCAGAGUCACAAUCGCUGGACUCUGACUCGAGCAGCAACAGUGAUGCCGAUAUGGACGGUGACGUCGAUACCAUCGACGAAACCUCCAUCCCUGGCGAGCGUUUCGACGAUGCGUAUGUGGAUGCACGCAAAGGUCGCGAGAACUUCUACCGGGUGGAGAAUAGGAAAUGGGUUCGAGGACUUCCGCCAAAGCGACGAUGCUAUGAGGUUGUGGGGCCACUUGCGGCAGCAUGGCAGGCGGCUUUUGAUCGAGAGACGGAGGAGUCGGAGCGUAGACGAAGCGGUGGGUGA